GUGAAAAAGGGAAUUCGAAAGAAAGAGGGGAGGAAACAGCAGACGUGGAGGGCCAGAGAGAGAGAAAGAGGAAGAGACUGAGUGUGCGGGAGAGAGUCACAGCAGGACAGAGUGAGAUAAUGAGACAGAGACUUAAGGAUGAGGUUCUGUGAGUCCAGGAGAAAAGUAUUUGGAAAGAACAGAAAGAUUGGGAGAGAGAGUGAUAAGGGGGGAGAGAAUGAGUGAGAGAGAGACUGGAAGAGACAGAGACUGGAGAGAGAGAGACAGAGGUGAAACUGGGAAAGAGGGUCUACAAGAGAGAAAGAGAGAGAAUAAGAGGUGGGAGACAGAACACGAAUGAGCAGGUGAAAAGAGAGACUGGGUACUAGGAGAGACUCUGCCUAAGAGACAAAGGAGGUGAGAGAUUGUCUCGGUGCCCCAGUAGCGACACCAUCUUCUUGCCCCUGUCAUUGGGACCCCAGAGCUGGCCCUUGAUGGAGGAGGGUAGACCUUGGAGCAGCCUCAGCCUGGCCAGCAGUGCCUCGACCAUCUCUUCACUGAGCAACCUGAGUACCAAGAAGCCCACCCGGGCAGUAAACAAGCUCCACGCCUUUGGGAAGAGGGGCAAUGCACCCAGAAGGGAUCCCAACCUCCCCGUGCACAUCCGAGGCUGGCUUUAUAAGCAGGACAGCUCCGGGCUCCGGCUGUGGAAACGCCGCUGGUUCGUCCUCUCCGGCCAUUGCCUCUUCUAUUACAAGGACAGCCGCGAGGAGAGUGUCCUGGGCGGCGUGCUGCUCCCUAGCUACAGUAUCAGGCCAGACGGGCCGGGGGCCCCUCGAGGGCGGCGCUUCACCUUCACCGCAGAGCACCCAGGCAUGAGGACCUAUAUUCUGGCUGCUGACACAUCAGAGGACCUGCGGGGCUGGCUCCGGGCGCUGGGCCGGGCCUCCCGGGCGGAAGGGGAAGACAGUGGGCAAACCAGGUCACCUGCACGUCCCCAGCCAGGGGAGGGCCCUGGCGGUCCCGGUGGUCCCCCAGAGGUGAGCAGAGGAGAAGACAGGCGCAUCUCAGAAUCCCCGGAGGUGGAUCGGCCGUCCAGAGGUCGUGGUAGACCCGGGCUGCUCACUCCCAGCCCGACAGCCGACCUCCAGUCUGGAUCCUGGAUUCGAAGGGCCAGGAGCCCGGACCUGUUCACUCCCCUCUCUCGCCCUCCCUCUCCGCUGGGCCUCCCCCGCCCCCGUUCUGCUCCUGCGUGGCGACCUCCUCCCUCCUCAGGAGACACAGCGCCCCCUGCUCGACCUCACACCCCCCAGAGUCGCAUCGAUGUCCGGCCUCCGCUAGACUGGGGCCCUCAGCGCCAGACCCUCUUGCGUAGCUCUGCUCGCCAUGGAGGACUCUCCUCCGAGGCUCGGGGAGGACGGCCCCCCAGGAGCCCCCAGCGCUGGAGUAAGGAGCCCAGAAUACAGGCCCCCUCAGCCUCCUCCACUUAUCUCCAGCUCCCCCCAAGACUCCCUGGGACCCGGGCCUCCAUGGUUUUAUUGCCAGGUCCCCCCCUGGACUUAACCUCCCACCAAAGCUUGGAGACAGAUACUCUGUUGACCAAAUUGUGUGGGCAGGACCGGCUCCUGAGGAGGCUGCAGGGGGAGAUAGAGCAGAGGCAGGAGGAGAAGGAGCAGCUAGAAGCAGCCCUGGAGUUGACUCGGCAGCAGCUGGGCCAAGUGACCAGGGAGGCUGGGGCCCCUGGGAGGGCCUGGGGUCGCCAGCGCCUCCUGCAAGACCGACUGGUCAGUGUGAGGGCCACUCUUUGUCACCUGACUCAGGAGCGAGAGCGGGUCUGGGACACAUACAGCGGCCUGGAGCAGGAGCUGGGCACGUUAAGAGAGACUCUCGAGUACCUGCUGCACCUUGGGUCCCCCCAGGACAGAGCAUCUGCUCAGCAGCAGCUGUGGAUGGUAGAAGACACGCUGGCAGGUCUGGGUGGCCCCCAGAAACUGCCCCUCCAGCCUGAGCCUGACUCCCCAUCGUCCGUGCUCCAAGGCGAAGAGUCCUCAGAGAGGGAGAGCCUUCCUGAGUCCUCGGAACUGAGCUGCCCUCAGUCCCCUGAGGCUGACUGGGGGCGGCCCCCUGGUGGCGACAGAGACCUCACCAGUUCUCGCCCAGGUCUUGGGUCUCCGAAGAUCUCCCGGGCUUCCAGCCCUGAGAGUCACCAACCCCCUUUACCGCAGCUGGGAACCAAGGCUCCCAUGGCCCGGCCCCGGAUGACUGCUCAGGAGCAAUUGGAGCGGAUGCGCAGAAACCAGGAAUGUGGACGGCCCCUCCCUCGCCCAGCCUCUCCCCGGCUCCUCAUGCUGGGGAGAACACUGUCCCCAGCCAGACACCAGCCUGACAUGGAGCCAAGGCCUGUCCUGGGACACUCAGGAGCCCCGAAAUGGCUCAGAAGCUCGGGGUCUUGGAGUAGUCCGAGGAACACCACCCCUUACUUGGCGACAUCCGAAGGCCACCGGGAGCGGGUCCUCAGCCUCUCCCAAGCCCUGGCCACUGAGGCGUCGCAGUGGCACAGAAUGAUGACAGGUGGAAGUUCGGACUCCCGGGGGGAUCCUCUCUCCCCCGCGCCGCCGCCGCCACCGCCGCCUUCGGACCCCAUGCCCCAGGCGACCCCGCCCCCAAGGUCUCCUCCCGGGGCUAAUUCAGGUUCCGCCGCGUUCUCACGCCGAAGCCGUGGGGGUGGCGGAGGCCCCGCCCCCUGGGAGCCCACUUGGGAUUCCGGGACCCAAGCCGAGGGGACGUGGCCUCUGAGAGUCACUCUGCUGCAGUCCAGCUUCUGAUGUGCCCAAACGCGGCAGCCAAUCGGACCGCGAGGGCGUGGCCCGGAGGUGCCGUCCGGAGAUCCGAGACCCCUCAAGCCCUCUGGGGACGCACUCUGGUUCCCGCCAGUGGCCUGGAAGGGGAGUGGUGUCUAUGGCCAAAGUUCGGUUUUCCCAACACUGUCCAGAUUUGGAUUAAAACUUUAAACUUUCA